AUGCAAGAUCAAUUCCUCCAACAUCUAUGGCGCGCUGCCCAAGGGAAAUGGGAGUCUGGUGUCCUCCCUAGCGCGGAGAGUCUAUCCCGUGCCCGAUCAUCGCUUCCCACUACACUCCCCGAUACCGGCUCCAGUCUGGAAUCUGUCCAACGCCAUCUGCUGGAGGAUAUUGUGCCCGCAUUUAACGGUGGCAGUCUCAGUGCCAACUAUUAUGGCUUCAUUACCGGUGGAGUGACACCGGCUGCACUUUUCGCAGACAACGUCGUGUCGGCCUACGAUCAGAAUGUCCAGGUACACCUUGCAAAUCACUCCAUCGUUACCGAUGUCGAGUAUCAUGCGCUUGGCCUCCUUGCCGACCUGUUCAGUUUACCCCGCGCUCAAUGGCAUAACGGCACGUUUACCACCGGUGCCACCGCGAGCAAUAUCCUUGGUCUAGCUUGCGGGCGGGAAUUCGUCCUCCAAAAGGCUGCAGAGAGAAAGGGAAGCCAACUGACCAGUGUCGGUGAACAUGGUUUAUUCGAGGUGCUCCAGGCGCUUAAUCUUUCUGGAGUCCAAGUCCUUUCAACCCUACCUCACUCUUCUUUGGUCAAGGCUGCCAGUGUUUUGGGAAUUGGUCGUGCCAAUGUUCGAAAUAUCUGCUGCGCCGAGAACCCGCUGCGAUUCGACAUGGCGCAGCUCGAGAGGGAGCUGGCCAGAACAGACAAGGUCAGCAUUGUAGCCAUCUCGUGUGGAGAGGUCAAUACUGGCCGGUUUGCGACAUCUGGGAUGGAACAACUAGGACAAAUCCGCCAAUUGUGUGACAAUUAUGGAGCAUGGCUGCAUGCCGACGGCGCCUUUGGCAUAUUCGCCCGGGUUUUAGGGGACAGCGAGGAGUUUGCAACAAUUAAAAAGGGCUGCGAUGGGAUUGAGCUGAUGGAUUCCAUCACCGGAGAUGGUCACAAAUUACUAAACGUGCCUUAUGACUGUGGUUUCUUCUUUUCCCGCCAUCCAGACUUGGCCGCUCACGUCUUCCAGAAUGCUAAUGCCGCAUACCUGAGUGCGGGUGCAGCAGAUGGUCCUUCCAUUCCCUCGCCUCUGAACAUUGGGCUUGAGAAUUCUCGUCGAUUCCGGGCGUUGCCAGUGUAUGCUUCUCUGUUGUCUUACGGGAGAGAGGGAUACCGGGAGAUGCUCGAGCGUCAGAUUCACCUUGCGCGUGCUAUCUACGCGUGGAUCUUCGACCAUCCGGCAUAUGUACCCUUGCCGGGGGCUCUUUCGAAGGCGGAGCUUGUGGACCAGACAUUCAUGAGCGUUUUGUUUUGUGCCAAGGACGAUUCUUUGAAUCAGCAGCUGACAGCAAAAAUCAACAAAACUUCACGGAUGUUUGUCUCGGGAAGCAGCUGGCAGGGCAAAACUGCUACUCGAAUCGCUAUUUCCAACUGGCGGGUUGAUGUCGAGCGAGAUGUGACAUUAAUAACCGAUGUUUUGACUCAAGUGGCCCUGUAA